ACCCCCCUUGAUUUUUUUUUUUUUUUUUUUUUUUGGAUUGACCACCCACUGUGUUUAUCAUCAGAGAGUGGGAAUGUAAAUGCGGGCAUUUGGGCAGGGCUUUGGUUCCAGGUCUGUAUCUGUGAUAUGAGUGCUUGAUUCUUCUGCCCUUUGGCUACUUUUGCAUAGAUUUUCAGAGAAGGAAACCGUUUUCUCACGUGUGAAACCAUGUCUGUAUCUCUCUCUCCAAGACCAGUAUCUGAUGUCGAAAUCUCUGAGGAAGAGGGAAAGACUAGAGUUGCGUCGUUGAGGAAGAAAGCAAUGAAUGCCUCUGCUAGGUUCAGAAAAUCUUUGUCCAAAAGGGGUAGAAGAAGCAGUAAAGUCUUGUCUGUCGAAAUUGAGGAUGUGCACGACUCUGUGGAGUUACAAGCUGUGGACUCAUUGCGCCAGGCACUUAUAUUGGAGGAGCUUCUUCCUUCCAAGCACGAUGAUUAUCAUAUGAUGCUCAGAUUCUUGAAGGCCAGAAAAUUUGAUAUCGAGAAAACCAAGCAAAUGUGGUCUGACAUGCUCGAGUGGAGGAAGGAAUUCGGUGCUGACACAAUUAUGGAGGAUUUUGAAUUCAAGGAACACAGUGAAGUCUUGCAACACUAUCCCCAAGGACAUCAUGGAGUAGACAAGGAUGGACAACCUGUGUAUAUUGAGAGAAUAGGGCAAGUAGAUGUGACCAAGCUGAUGCAAGCCACAACCAUGGACCGCUAUGUGAAAUACCAUGUCCGGGAGUUUGAAAGGACAUUUGCUGUUAAGUUCCCAGCUUGCUCAAUCGCAGCAAAGAAGCACAUUGACCAAAGCACAACAAUCCUCGAUGUGCAAGGAGUGGGACUUAAAAAUUUCAAUAAAGCUGCCAGGGAUCUUAUUGCUCGCCUUCAGAAGAUUGACGGUGACAAUUACCCUGAGACCUUGAAUCGCAUGUUUAUCAUCAAUGCUGGUCCUGGUUUUAGAAUGCUGUGGAACACCGUGAAGUCCUUCAUUGAUCCCAAGACAACGGCAAAGAUAAAUGUCCUUGGCAAUAAGUAUCAGAGCAAGCUACUUGAAAUAAUUGAUGCUAGUGAGCUGCCCGAGUUCUUAGGUGGUACAUGUACUUGUGCUGAUCAAGGAGGUUGUAUGCGUUCUGAUAAGGGCCCCUGGAAAAAGCCAGAGAUAAUGCAGAUGGUCCAAAAUGGUGAUCAUAAAUGUUCAACAAAAUCUGGAAUUCAAGAACGUGACACAGCUCCAACUCUAGCUGAUAAGCGACCUUUCUCUCCUAGAUUUACAAUGGAGCAUAUUGAGUAUCCAGGACUUUCUCGCUUUCAGGAAGAAGCAUCCAUAGCAAAAAAUAUUCAAGAGUCUUACAAAUGCAAGGACCAUGUCUCAAUGGUCGUUAAAACUGUGGAUUCAAGUUGGCAAAUGGCAGGGAGCAGCAACUUUGCCCUAUCAAAGGGUUCAUCAUCUAACAACAUAGCAGGAGAUUGUUUUUCCAGGGAUGAUGCUUGCAAAGUUCCUGAUGGGUUCGGCUCUCAGAUUUUGGCUGCUGUUAUGGCGUUUGUUAUGGGAAUAGUCACCAUGGUCAGACUGACGCGUAACAUGCCAAAGAAGCUCACUGAUUCCACCUUCUACUCCAGCACUGUUUGUGAUGGCGACACAAUGAUCAAACCCCAGGGGCCUUCAUACGCUGCCAUCUCUGGUACAGAUCUCAUGUCUGUCAUGAAGCGCAUGGCUGAACUGGAAGAGAGAAUGAGCAUGCUGAGUGUGAAACCAGCUACCGUGCCGGCUGAGAAGGACAGAAUGCUGAAAACUGCUUUAGGCCGGGUUGAUGCCUUGGAGCAAGAGCUCAUGGCAACAAAGCAGGCUCUGGAGGAGUCGCUUACCCGGCAAGACGAGCUCUUGGGAAGUCUUGACAAAAAAAAGAAGAAGAAGAAGAAUAAGAUCAAUAAGAAAAUGUUCAUCUGGUGAAAGGUGAAAUGUCAAACACAGAAGAAAGAUGCAUAUGCUUGGUUGAAUACUUUGAAUAUUGUUGGCUCUCCAAAGCCACCCAAAUGCACUCCUACUCUACUUAUUGUUCCAUAAACGUUUACCACAAUGUGAAUGAACAGAAGUUUUGGCCAGAUACAGAGUUUGCCAGACUAUCACCAUUUUGCAGAUUAUUUCUUUCCUUCA